AAUUAUUACAUCUAAUAACUAACAAUGAACACUGUGAUUACGCAUGCGUCCACUACCGUGGCAGCGCGCUACUUUGAAUAGUCUCUGUUAUAUAACCGGCGGCGUGACGCUGUUCUUUCCUCGACAGCCGCUUUCAACACCAUUUGUUUGACCAGGACCAGCAGUUUCGAAACGGUGUGAGGAAAGAUACUGACUUUGUUGUACACGAGUUGUCCAAAAAUGGCGACGAAAACGCGGUCUGGACGGAUAGUAACGCCCGUGCAAGACCGUUAUGUUACACCACAGAGACGAGCUCCGACGACGCGAAGCUCGACGAGAAGGAAAGAUACGCCGAUUACCAGGGGUGCGUUUGGCGGCCGUGGCGAACAGGAAGUGGAUCGUGGGGAGGAGGUGACUAGAGAUGCUUCAAACACACAGAGAAGCCGCUUGUCAACUAGCAAUAGUGGAACGCCAGAAACGUUAACGAAGAUUGUUAGGCGUACAGUAGCUGGACGGGGUGAACAGACAGUUGAGAGUUUGGUGGAGGAAGAAAGUCAUGGACUCCCUGCAAUUGCCAAUAGCAUGCUAGUUAGCGCACGCAAUCUCUUCAGAGCCGCGACUGAGUUUGUUGGCAGUGAUGAAAGCGAAGUGAGUGAAAGUGAUGCCGUUUUGUUGUCGACGACACGUCCGAGGACAGCAGACGCGACCUUUCAGCGGUCACUGGACUACAGUGAUGUUGAAGAUGAGCCUAGUGAAACUGGAAGAACUCCAUCUAGUGUUAGGAGAAAGACUGUAACAACCAGAGGAGGUGCAUACGGAUAUGCUGCAACUCCAAGAGAUGCACUGCCGGGAGUGAAGGCACCGGGUGUUCAGACCGAGAUGAAAAUGCAUCAAGAGACAACUGUGCGAGUGUUGGACGGACGAGGAAAAUCAACACCUGAGCCUUUAUAUGGACUGGAUGAAGAUGACGAAGAUCAAGAAAUAGACACUACAACAAUGGUGUCUGUCUCACAAGGCAGUCCUCAACACACGAUGUACACAACCUCGGAUGAUGGCAGCUUUGAUGAAAACGAUGGUGUUGUAGCUGUCGUUUCUGCUUGGUUUAUGUCACUAGCUGAGUAUAUAGGACGUUUCUUUACUGGAGAGACUGCUGUUUUGUCUCAAGUGGGAAGUGGGUUUUCACAAGUGUCACGUGGUCAAAUGCUGUCUGGCACAUUUCCAUAUGUGUGGCUAGUUUUGCUUCUUUCAUUGAUAGUUUCUUUAUCACUCUUUCUAAGCCCUAUAUACGUAUCACAAGAUAAAGUAGAGACAAAAGUAGAGACCAAGAGUGCUGGCGAUCUAAUACCAGGAGAUUCUCUUUCUCAGGACAAUUUGAAAGAGGCUGUGUUGGAGGACCUGAAAAAUAUUCUUCACACGAUGGUUCAUGCUGAAGUGCACAAUGUCACUCAAACACAGCAAGAAUAUGUUGUUGGAAAUGUUACCAAAAAUGUUCUUGAACAUUUACGGAAACCUAAGGAGGAGCAAGAUGAAGAAGAACUGAAUAGAACUCUUAGCAAGGUUUUUGAAAAGUUACAGAGUGAUUCUGCAGUUCAGGGACUAAAUGAAUCUGAAGUUGAACGGUUGAUUGUUGCCAAAUUGAAAGAUCGAAAGUUGGUUGAUGAAAAUGAAGUGAAAAUUGUAGAUUAUCGACCAGAUUCAUCAGCAUCAGCUACUGAUGGUGUUAACAUUGAAGAUUUGAAGAGUCAACUGCGACAGGAGCUGAGCAAGACUUUAGUUGAUGAUGAUGUACUACUGCAGAAAAUCACUGAGUCAGUCAUGAAGAAACUGGAAAAUGAUCUUAGAGAAGUCUUAUCAACAGAGCUGGAAACUGAGAUUACAGAAACUCUGACAGAUAAAUCUACAAAGUUUCAAGAGGAAUUUCUGGCUAAUUACACUGCUAUAAAUACUGAGGCAAUGAAGGACAUUCUUAGCACAGUACAGGCGGAUGUAAAGAAGGCUGUUGAAGAGGCUGUGGCUAAAGUCAGACACGAAAUGGCCGAGCGAUUGGCUGAUCAGAUACAAGAUGAGGUGCGGGCAAAAGUAAAUUCUAUUGGAGAUGAGGUGACAAGAGUGACUACCAAGCUGUCAGACGUUGAUAGUAGUCUGAAUGAUGUGUUGAAAAGAACAACUGAUUUAGAGUCAAAGAGUGCGACAACAGUUCAGAAAGUAGAAUCGAUGGAAACGGGCAUUCAAGACAUGCAGCAAAAUGUUGCGGGACUAGGUCAUGAUGAAGGCCAACUCACUGAACGAAUUGCUGCUGUAGAAAAGAACCAAACAAACAAGGAGAUGGAGUUGUCGGCUGUGGUUGACGAUAUUCAAGCUUUGGCGAAUUCCUUGAAUGAAACGGUUCUGCAGCAUCUUGUGAAGGCCCUUGUAAAUAUUACGGAACUCCAUCAAGACUAUGAAUUCUUUACGAAGUGGUUGGACGACAAAUACAUCAAUGAACCAGAAUUUAGAGAAAGGAUGCGAAAUAUAGUAGAUGGUAUGCCACAGAACUUUUCACCUGGAGAGAAUGGCCAAUUGGACUCGGCUUGGGUGAAGGAGUUUGUCUUGAGAGAAGUGCAAAAGAACGUGACAGCUGCACUGGAUAAGUACUCUGCCGACCAAACAGGAAAAGCAGAUUUUGCAUUGGAAUCCGGAGGCGGAAGUAUCAUUGAUUCUCGUACAUCUCCGACAUAUAAUAGUGGUAGUACAUUCGUGACUGUUUAUGGUCUGCAACUGUGGUCAGUAGUCAACCCUCCACGCACUGUAAUCCAGCCAGGUGCGCUUCCCGGUCAGUGCUGGGCUUUCACAGGGAACAAUGGCAGCAUAGUCAUCAGGCUCUCAAACACUGUUCUAAUCACUGGGUUUACAUAUGAGCAUGUUCCGGCAAACCUAACGAAUGGAGACCUGUCAAGUACUCCUAAAGACAUUUUGGUUUAUGGUUUGGAUGAUGAAAGGGACGAGAAUGGAACUCGCUUGAGUUCAUACAAGUACCUGACAGAAGCCUCUUCUCUUCAGUACUUUCCUGUCGAGGAGGCAGAGGUCGUUCACUCAUUUCGUUACGUUCUUCUAAACGUCCUGACUAAUUAUGGCAAUGAUGACUACACAUGUCUUUACCGAUUCAGAGUUCAUGGCAGAGUUCAAGGCAAUUGACCAACUGGUAACAACUUUAUUUGCUUGAUUGCUAGUAUUUUAGCAGCUACCUGCAAUGGGACCCAAUGGAAUUUUUGGGAGGCUAAUCUUUUAGCUACUGCUUAACAGUAGGUUGUUGUAUCAUAUAGCAACAAUGGUUUUUUGCACCUGGGUGGGUAUAUACAUUCAGUCAUUAUUGAAAGAAUGGCUUGCAUUUCAGA